GGCAUCUGCUGGCGAUUUGCAUUUCGUUUCUGGCCGAGUGGAGUCCCGACAUGGACACGAACCGGGCGGCCAUCAAGCUGGAGCUCUGGCGUAACAGCUUCGACACCUUCUGGGACGCCAACCUGCGGUUCGACAAGGAUAACCGACUGAACGGAGCCUUUAUCAUGCUCCAGCAGUUCCCAGGGACCACCAGCUUCAGCGAUCUGAAGGCGGUGGCACCCGAGGCCGUUGCCGAAGUCCCCAUUCAGAUCCCCAUGCCGAGCUUCGAGUCGAGAUUCAUAGGCUGCCCCCCCGGCACCUUUAAUGAUGGUCGGUCGGUUGAACAAGCAAGACCUGCAGCGAAGGCUGGCAACUCACGCCGAUUGAUUGACGGUUGUGUUCUCUCUCUCUCUCUCUCUCUCUCCGUGUGUGUGUGUGUGUGUGUUAUGUAUGCAGGGCUGGAGUGCAGAAACUGCUCCGCCAACACCUUCUCGGACACGACAAAUGCCACUCGGUGCGAGUUCUGCCCACCUGGUAGGUAUCCACGUCUUUCAAGACACCAGCACACACGGAGACAGGCGAACGGAAAAUGGUCUUUGUUCGUUUGUUGCCGAGUGUGAUGUGGUGUGGUACAUAUGGAUGGCUGCCAUUGACAUAUGUACCCCUGCAUGUGUGCGUGUGUGAAUGAACGUAUGCACAUAUGUGUGUACACACGUGUCAGGGCAAGGCCAGCCGCUGGAGGGUCAGACGAGCUGCACCGACUGCGAGGUCGGCCAGGCCAACCCGGGCGGAUCUGCUGAAGGGUGCCGGGACUGCACCAUGGGCACCUUCUCGGACAGAAAAGGGUCGAGUGUGUGCCAGCGAUGCGCCACGGGGGAGUUUAAUGACAGAGAGAGACAGAGCGGCUGCACCAAGUGCGGCAAGACACGUACCACAGGAGAGCUUGGCAGUGUGUCGGCCAAGCAGUGCGUGUGCAAAGAGGGCUACUUCUUCACUGGUCAGUCUACUCACUCGUACCAACUCACUCACUGACUCACUCAUCCAGGUCGCCAGACUGAAAUGAGUGUUUGUGUCUCCGUGUGGUGAGUGCAGGACUGUACGAGCUCGUGGGAGACACAAACAAGACCAGCUUCAAGGGGACCACAGAACCUCGGGAGCUCAUCAAUGCGACGAUCCCAGAAGGCACCUGCAAGCUGUGCAAUGACGACCUCUACGAAUGCAGAGGUGGCUUUGUCUCUCUGUCUGUCUAUCCGUUAAAAGAUGUCAUAUACAUAUGUAUGUACAAGUUCGUGUAUGAGUGUAUGUGUGCAUUGCAGGGAGCUUCCACCCGCCCAAAGCAAAGGAUGGAUUCUACAUGGAAGCCUAUGACAUAACAUAUCGGGACGACAACGGCUUCCCCGCCAUCUACGAGUGCAGCCCGCGGUCCUCUUGCGAAGGCGGCGCCCCACAAAAGUGCAAAAAGCACCGCACGGGAAUUGCUUGUGGCCGGUGUGAAGACGGAUACUCCAAGGUCAGAAAGAAGGACUGCACGCAGACAGACAGACAGACAGACGGACAGGGCAGGUAGGUGGGUGGGCAAUGGGAGAGGAAAACUGAUAGCUAAGGAGUCAGUCAUCAGUCGGUCAAUCCUCGUGUGUACGUCUUGUGUGGUCCUGUCCUGUGUUGUGUCGUGCUGUGCCGUGCUGUGCUGGUCCUUCCCGUACGCACGCAGAGCCGGGGUGGCAGGUGUAACAAGUGCUCGAUCAAGGGCAACCGAGCCGGCUUUCUGAUCAUUUGCCUGCUCGUCAUGCUGCCGAUCGGCGCCUACUUCUACUCCAAGACGUCCUAUGAGGACCCGCGCAAGGGCGACGGCACACUGAGCGCGUCCACCAGGAGCGUCAUGAGUAGUCGGACGGACCGCGAGGCGGCCGACGACCCCAACAAGGCGUUUCUGAUCAUCCUGUCGUUUCUGCAGCACAUCGGCAUCAUCAGCAGCUUCAACCUCAAGAUGCCAGUCGAUGUGCUGACACUCUUCAGCAUCCCGCGCAUCUUCAUGCUCGACCCGAGCAUCCUCAGCAUGUCGUGCUGGGGUUUUGACACAUAUGGCAAGCAGCUCGCCUUCACCUACUCCAUACCCCUUAUCUUCGUCGCCUCCGUCAUCGUACUCCACUUCUCAUUCAGGGUACCUAUCCAUCUGCAUACCGAUCUACACGCACCAACCAACCCAUUAAGCAACCAUCAAAGAGCCCCGUGUUGUGCGGACAUGUGUGUGCAGCUUCUUGGUCAUGUCGGCGGCAACUGGGCCCCUCUCAACCCCGCACGCUACUCGGGAAAGAAGGCGGCGUUUCUGCAGGUGCGAACCCGUAUGUGCACGCCAAUGGAGACAGUGAUGAGGAUGUCUGUCUCGUUCUUUGUACGUACGCACGCGUCUGCUGCAGUGGUUCCGCAAGAGGUUCAUCGAUGGAUCACACGGUGUCGGAUCCAUCAGAGUGCGUGAGACAUGGGCAAGCUUGGCAUCCAUUCGCCUCUUCUCGCUGGCUGACAUGUGCUCUGUAUGCGUGGUUUGCCACGUGCCAUGUGUCUGUGUGUGGGUGCAGAUUCUGGCGACCGUUGCCCAGACGAGCUCAUUCCUCUACGUGGCCCUUUCCAGUCUCGCUACCGCUGGCAUCGACUGCUACCGCGUAAUGACGACACGAAACAAAGAUCAAUGGAAUGAGCCAAAUGUGAUUGAAUCUGUCUGUCUGUCUGUCUUGCCGCACUCACGCUUAUGUCUGCGUCUGGUCGCGGCCCGCAGCACCCCUCUGGCGACUACACGGUCCGUUCUCACCCAUACAUUUUCUGCCAUGCCGCCCGCGCAUACGGGGGGCGCGAGCCGGAAGACCGGGAGAAGGAAUACAGGGACCAGCUGUGGAUGGUGGGGCUGGCCAUGUUCCUCUACAUAUUCUGCCCCUAUAUCAUCGCCAUUGUCGUGUCCUUCCGAGUGCAAAACCUCGUCAACUUCAAGAGAAAGAACGGCAGGAACCUGGAAGGUGCGUAUGAAGAGUGUGCUCCCGGCACAAGCCCACACAUUGUCACACAAUCUAGUGAACGUGAUGUGUGUGUGUGUGUCUGUCUGUCUGUGUCUGUGUCUGUCUGUCUGUCUGUCAGAGUCGGACGCCAUCUUCAAGGCGGCCUUCAAAUAUGUCGUGGUACGUGCAUGUGUGAUGAAUUCCUUCGCCUGGCUUGGCUGUCGGCUCCGCAUUGUCCACACGCCAAUUGUGCGAGUGUGUGUGCGUGUCAGGGCAAGUACCGCAAUGGAAUGGUCUGGUGGGGUAAGAAGCAUCAAAAGCACACUCAGACACACUUUUCAUGCCCAACACUUCUACAACAUCUGGAAAAUAUGCGUGAUGAUGGCGACGCAUGCUCUUGUGUGUGUGUAUAUGGAUGUCUGUCCCCCGUGCCACACAAGAGUGCAUUUGGAUGGUGAGCGCCAGUGACCGAAGGGGACCAAAGAAAGAAAUACUCGCUCAGGUGUGGCUUUUCCUGACUGCUGCAGGCCCGAAAUGCCGUGCUCGCGCUCAGCACGGUGCUCCUUCCCAACCUGGGUGCGUGGCCGGAUGAGUGGGAGACAUCGGCAUGGGAGAGUGUCUGUGUGUGUGUGUGUGUGUGUUUGUGUCCAGGCCAGCUGCAGCUCAUGUACUACGCAGUCAUCCUGACCUUCUACGUAAGUAUGUGCCAUUUUGUUCCAUCCAAGCCCAUUGGAUGCUUGGGCUCUUGUGCUUACCCUUGUGGUUGACAGAAUUUCGGAACGGUGAGCGUGCACGUCUCCCUCCCUCCCUCUCUCCCCUCUCUCCCUCUCUCCCUCCCUCCCUCCCUCCCUCCCUGCCUGCCUGCCGCCUGCCACUUGCUGUUUGUACACAUACAUGCCUCGAUCGUAUCCGUUGCAUGUGUGUAUACAUGUGUAUUGUGUAUUGUGUGAUUACAUAUGUACAUAGCUGUCGCUGGCUCCCUGGCGCCGGUCGGCCAACAGCAAGCUUGAUGUGGCGCUGACGCUCGUGCUUCUGCACAUAAUCACCAUGGUCGGCCUCUUCUACACCUUCCCCGUCCCCGAUGAUAACAUCAACAUGUCUGCCGCCAGGUUCUCCACCGGUAGGGAUUGAGUGGCCUUGCCGGGAAGGAAGCGAAACAGGACACCCAAAGACGCAUGUACGCAUGGAGGUGUCUGUGCGUGCGUCAGCUGUGCUGCUCUUUGUGGAGGUGCUGGCCCUGGUGCCCUUCCUGUACUUGUUUGGGUCAGGGGUGAGCGAUGCUCGGCCAGACAAGGGGAUACAAACGACAGACACCCUUCACUCCCUCUGUGUGUGUGCUCCGUGUGUCAGUUCAAGAAGGGCAGCAGCAGUUCGCGCCGCUUCAGUGCCAUUUUCCAGUCCUCGAGGCGCGUCUCGAGGAUGCACGUGGGUGGCGCAAGUGAGAAGAACAUCAAGCCACUCAACGACGACGAGUCGUCCAUCAGGAAGCAAGAAAAGAAGGUGGGGCUGGGCGACUGACUGACUGACGCGUGUUAAUGUUGAAUAAGUCGCGGGCGUUUGACAUUUCACCAUGAGUGCUCUGUCUCGCUGGCUGCCUGCAGGGGGCUGCCAUUCACCCGGCCGAGCAAAACAUGGUACCAUGCAAUCAAUCGAUACAAAAAAUAAAGCCAGUUUUUUCUGUGUCCUUUCUCUCUGUCUCUCAGCCUGCCACCCAGUUGCCUGCCACCACGCAAUACGCUGAGCAGCCAGCUACCGCCAAGGUAUGACGUACGUGUGUGGUGUGAGUGAAGGCAUUCAUCGUGCAUUCAACUCACGAACGCAUCGGAUGCCGCGUGUGGCUGCCCUGUCAUGUGGUGUCAUGUGGUGUCGUAUCGAUCGAUCGAUCCUCACCAUCAGGCGCACUCGUCAGAGAUUGACGCCAUGGAUCUCGCCUAGGGACGUUGGCGCCAAACGACAAGCCCCCCUAAGAAAUAGGUAAGUGAGUACGUCAGUGUGGUGUCUCCUUGCUCGCUCACCCACUCGCGUGGCUGGCUCGUGUCGUGUGUGUGUGUGUGUAUGCCAUCCAUCAGCACUUCGUGUGUGCCCGCAGCCGGCAUCACGAAGCAGUCAGCUCAUCAAGACCCGCCCGUAGGAAGGGCAGCAACCUCUCUAGUCGGUAGCAGCAUCAUCUGCGUGUUUCUUCCGGUCGGUCGGUCGAUCGGUCGAUAGUCAGUAGAUAGAAGGCUCGUAGAUCAGGGUAAGUAAAGAAUAGCUGUACGUUAGCUGCCGGGCGUCCCAUCAUGUCGCCCCCCGAUCGGGCGCGGAAGUCGCGCCCGUGUGGACAGCAGUGUAGCACCGUAUUCUAUAGAUGGUGCACGGAAAGAGGAGAAAGGGAAAAAGAGAGAGGAGCGCGGCUUCCCCUAGUGAGCACACAAAUGUUGUCUCCAUGCCUGCCUACCGCGGAGGUGUAAUUAAUUGUGGACACUGCAUCCACUGAAUGUGCGAAUGAAUCCAUCCA